AAUCCUGAUGAUGUGGGUUUAGUAGCUGAGUCACAAAAAGAAGUGGGUGACUGUGAAGUUGGAAGUGGGUCUGGGGGUUUAGGAACUGAGUCACAGAAAGAUGUGGGUGACUGUGAAGUUGAAAGUGGGUCUGGGGAUGAUAGUGAGGAUGAAGACUAUUUUCCUGUUGAUGAAAGCUCAUCUGAUGAUGAACUUUCUGUUGAUGAUCUUGCUUCUGAUGAUGAUGGUGAAUAUCUUGAGGCAAGACAGAACCUGAAGAAGCAAAAAAAUGGGAUAUUAGAAGAUGAUGGAGAAUGUGCAGACAACAUCAAAUCAAAGAUUGCCAUUGAUAUGGACAGUGAAGAUUCAGGGUUUGUAGAUUGUGCAUUGGCAUCUGAAAAUUCAGGUAGUGUUUUGGAUUUGGAUGAGGAUGGAAACUGUAUAGGUAGAAGGAAAAUGGUUACUUAUGACCCUAAUUGUGAUCAUAGUACACUUGAGUUUAUGUUGGGGAUGAGAUUUAUAAGCAUAGAAGAGUUGAAAAAAGCAGUUAGGAAUGUGGCAAUUUUUCAAGGGAGAGACAUAAAGUUUCUGAAAACUAGCAAGAAGCAGUUGAGAGUGAAAUGUGUUGAUGGUUGCCCUUGGACCUUGUAUGCAAGUGCAGUGAUGAAAGAGGGUAGUGUAGCAAUUAAGCAGUUCAACAAGGAGCACAAAUGCCAUAGAAAUAUCCACACCAGACAAGUUACAUCAGAGUGGCUUGCUGAGGUGUUUCUUGAAAAAUUCAGGAAGAAUCCAAACAUGUCCAUUACCCAAAUGGAAGAAGCAAUAUCUGAGAAGUAUGCAGUACAACCUACAAAGUGGAAGCUCUAUAGAGGGAAAUGGAGAGCUCUUGAGAUGCUCAGAGGUUCAGUAGUUGGUCAUUAUGCUUCUCUGAGAAGUUACAUGGCAGAGUUGUUGAGGGUAGACAGAGAUGGAAGGUUUGAGUUUCUUCUUGGUGAAGAAACAACAUUCAGAGGUUUCUAUGUGGGAUUUAGUGCACUGAGAAAGGGUUUCAUUAGUGGUUGUAGGCCCAUCUUAGGUUUUGAUGGGUGUUUCUUGAAGACUUUUAUAGGUGGGGCUUUAUUGUGUGCCACAGCAAAAGAUGGCAACAAUCAAAUAUACCCUGUGGCUUGGGCAGUUGUUGAGGCAGAAAAUGAGGAAUUUUGGAGGUGGUUUCUAAGUAUUUUGUUCACUGAGCUGGGAAUAAAUGAUGGCCUUGGAUAUACUUUCAUGUCAGACCAACAAAAA